AUGGCGAUGAGACGAUUGCGUCAUUUGUGCGUUUCGAUGGCGGCGCUGUUGUUGGGCCUGACGUGGUACUUGUCUGGAGGCCGGGGUGUCCCGGGAUUGGCGACCACGUGGCGUCCCUCGCUCUCGCCGCCGCCGCCACCGGAAGCUGGCAGCAGCAACAGCAGGAGGAGGCUGGAGAUUAAGCCUGGUUUCCAGGUCGUGAUUCCGAGGCGGCUUCGCGGCGUUUUACCUCGGGACUGGCCUCGGAAAGAUCGGGAAACGUGGCUUAACGCGGUGUAUUAUCCGUGGGCAGUGGGCCGUGUGAAUGACGCCUGUCGCCUGUUGGGCAUUCGAUUCUUGACCAAUGUUACCAGCAGUCAGACGAGGGCAUUGGUGAGUUUCCCUGGGUCCGGGAACACCUGGGUUCGGGCCACGUUGGAGGCAGUGGGUGGCGUGUUUACUGGCAGUGUUUACCAGGAUGGGUUCCUGGCUGCCAGUGGGCUCUUGGGCGAGAUGCUCAGGUUUGAUAGCGGGCUCACCGUUUUGCAGAAGACCCACGGGGACGCCACUAAAUCUCCGGCUCUUAACGAGUUUUCGCGACACCACGUUCGAGAGUUCGGUUGUCGCGGGGUGCUUUUGUUCCGGCACCCAGCGGCGGCCAUCGUGGCGCACCGCCACCUGGACGAAGGCGGCCACUUGGGCCACGCGCCGCUAGCCGCCUUCAAUGGCACCGAGUGGCGCCAGUACGUCGCCGGCAAAAUCGCGGUUUGGCGAGACCUGUAUUCGCACUGGUUGCGCGAAUGUGAGCCGAGUGGAUUGCGCAUCGCUGUGUACGAACGCUUUCGGGCGGACUUGGGCGGCGCCGUGAGGCGGCUGCUGGCGGACUUGGGCGUCCCUGUUGACGAAAACAGGAUCCAAUGUUUGCUGAAGUACGGAAGUGGGAGUGUGGAGAGGCGGAAGUUGUACCAGGGAGUCGAGUUGUUUGACGAAGACCAGCGAGAGCAAAUGGCUCGGGUUGUCGACACUGUGAAUAAGCUGCUUCUUGCCAAGAAGAACUUCUCCUUGCCUUACCUGAGAUGA